UGUAUCGUUCACGGAAGAGGAGAAGAAUUGCGGACGACAGUAUGUUUUCACCUGGGAGUGAACCCCAGCAACAAUCAGUGCCGGGAAAUGGACUGCAGCAGGAUCCAGCAGUACAAAACCAGCAACCGGGAGUGAACACCCAGCCGCAAUUAAACCCAAUCAUCCGUCCGCCGAUGCUCCAGCAAACACAACCUCACCUCCACCAGCAGCAGCAACAACAACAAAACAUUCCAUCGAUAGAUCCAGCGAUGUUGCAUUUUUUUCAGCAAAUGCAGCAGCAGGUGCAACAGCAAAUGCAACAACAAAUGCAACAGCAGAUGCAGCAACAGAUGCAAAUGCAGAUGCAGCAGCAACAGGCGUUUUUGAAACAGCAGGAGCAGAUGUUUCGGGCGGCGAUGUCGGCUAUCAACAUUCAAGCGCCGACGAAGCCCGAGCCGGAUCAAAACGUCACGUUUGUUGCAUGGUACGCGCGUUAUCAGGAUUUAUUCGCCAAAGACGCCGUUUGCCUCGACGAUGAAGCCAAGGUGAGAUUGCUGCUACGGAAGUUGGGUCCUUCAGAGCACGAGAGGUACACCAGUUACAUCCUACCGAAAAGCCCCAACGAGGUGAAGUUCGAUGACACGGUGAGUAAACUGAAAAGUUUGUUUGGUAUGCCAGAGUCUGUGAUUAGCAGACGGUACCGGUGCUUGCAAGUCACAAAGCAAGUCACUGAGGACUACAAAACGUUCGCCUGCCGGGUGAACAAACUGUGUGUCGAAUUCGAACUUGGGAAGCUUUCGGAGGACCAGUUCAAAUGCCUCGUGUUCGUCUGCGGGUUGAAAGCGGAAAGCGAUGCGGAGGUCAGAACCAGGUUGCUGAGCAGAAUCGAGGAGCGGAAUGACAUCACGCUGGAGCAGAUUUUGGACGAAGGUCAACGGCUUCUGAACCUCAGGCACGACACGGCGAUGAUAGAGGCAGCGUCUUCGUCGACAGCAGUGCAAGCAUUGAAGCGGAAGCAGUUCGGUGGGAAGCAUUCCCGCUCAGGACGAGGAUCACCAGGUUCAAGAUCCCCGAAUCAGCGAGGUGCCGUUCCAGCAACGCCUUGUUGGAACUGUGGCGCCAUGCACUAUUCCAAGGACUGCCCCUUCCUCAAAAAUCGGUGUAAGGAAUGUGGUCAGGUGGCCCACAAAGACGGGUAUUGCUCAAGCGCCAAAAAGGUGAAAUCUCCAGGCAAGCGGUACUCGUCCAAGCCGAUGGUAACCAGAAGCGUGCAGGUGAAUAACGUCCGGAAGCGUAGGAGAUUUGUGAAAGCAGAAGUCAACGGCAGGCAGAUCAGUCUCCAACUCGACACUGCGUCGGAUAUCAGCGUCAUUUCCGAGCAAUCAUGGCGGCAUAUCGGAAAACCCACAGCAAGUCCUGUAACAAUUCAAGCCACUACUACAUCGGGCAAACCCUUGAAGCUGGAGUUUCAGUGUUCCUGUGAAGUUGCAAUCAAAGGGGAGAAGCAUCAAGGUUGA